AUGGAAGAUAUCAAAUCCGAAUCCCUGCAGGAAGAGGGCGUAUCCCUCUUGGGUGAUGAGGGUUCGCCGACUUCACUCAACCAGGAAUUGGGCAACCGCCAUGAUAGCCGUGGGAGCAAAAGAAACUCCCUCCUAAUAGUGCUCUUGGCUAUAAGCGUUGUCGCCAAUAUACUUCUUCUUUUACCAAGGCGGCAAUCACUUGGGCUUAUCCAUCGCUCUAAAUAUGCCGGACUUGUGAACGAUUUUGAGCUUCCAUACGCCUGGGACAGUGACCGGAGCAAUCCAAAUGACACGGAAAGAAACAAGUUGUGGUAUGAGGAUGAAGAGGCAGACCAAGGCAUCAUGGCGGUUGACAAUGAUGAAGCCAUAUCCUUUGGGCUGCCUAACUCUCAACCAUGGUCCUGGGAUGCGAAAGUCAAGAGCAUUUAUAUCACGAAUGGCCACCACAAUCUCCACUGCUUAAGAAAUAUCUACAUAUCCAUCGACGAGCACGAGAGAGGUGUCCCUCAAAGUCUAGGACGCCACCACAUUCUACACUGCCUCGGUGCGCUCUACGAUGACAUCAAAUGCAACGCCGACGACACGCCGCGAUAUACUGACAAGCACGGUCGGAAGCCCGGCGAGGGGCAAAUUCGGAAAUGCCGCGACUGGAGCAAACUGAAAGCAUUCGUGAAUGAGCGGGAAGGAUGUUUUAAAUACAUCAAGCACGAUAAGGAGGAUAUCAGGAUCAUUGAACGGAUGAAGUAUUGUUCCAAUAACAGUCCAUAUCUGCCCAAGAUUCGAAAAUAUUUUGGGUUUUCCAGUGACUGGACCCCUUGGCCAUAUGUUGAGCAGGACACGUAUCUGACGAAGGAGCACCCGUCUUGA